AUGUUCCGGACCUCUCAUAUUCGAAAACACGUCUUUGGACACGCUAUAAUCGCUUGGCGUCACAACAAACCCCUCAUCGCUCUUGCCAUUCUCAUUGCCGAGUCCCGCAAGGAUGUUGUUUUUACUAUCCUCACCAACACCUACAUCUACCCGAAAAUACUUGGUGAGCUUGAAAAGCUAUCUCCGGAACGGUUCAAAGCGAUUGAAAACCAGAUCAAGUAA